UUCUUCACUUUCAUCAUCUUUUGUCAGACCCACCAAUUUUUCCACUUCCUCUUCCCCAAUUUCAUGCCUUUUCAAAUCAAACCCACAAAAUUUCCCCUUUUUUCUCCUGUUCUUCAAGUGUUCUUAUUAAUGGAUACUUUGUUCAGGCUUGUCUCCAACCUUCAACCUUCUGAUCAAUCUUACAACUCAAGCACCAGCUCCAAGAAUUCUGUCGAUCUUCAAAAUCAUUGUUUCCUUAACCCACCACCACCUGAACAAUGCUUCACCAGCUCAUUCAUGGUGGAUCAACCACAUUUCUCUGCCUCCUCUUCUUCCAACCAUCGUCCUGAUAAGGACCAUGUUCAUCAAGAUCACGAGUAUAUAAGUACUAUCAAUUCGACUGAUCGCUGGUUCGCCCCUUUAGACGUGAACUUGGAAUUCUCUAAUGGUUGGGCUUCUACGUUGAUUGUCCAAACUGCCAUUGCCAUUGUUGAUAACAACGCUUCUCAAAUCCAACAACUCAUGUGGAUGCUUAACGAGCUCGGUUCACCCUAUGGCGACAUUGAUCAAAAACUAGCUUUUUACUUUCUUCGAGCUAUGUUUAGUCAUGUCACGAACUCUGGUGAACGGUGCUACCAGACCUUGGCAAUGGUGUCGGAGAAACGGUCUUGUUUCGCGUCGAUGAGAAGAAUGGUGUUGAAGUUUCAAGAGGUGAGUCCAUGGAUGACGUUUGGUCAUGUUGCUUCAAAUGGUGUUAUCAUGGAGGCUUUUGAAGGAGAAAAGAAGUUGCAUAUAAUUGAUAUUAGCAACUCCUUUUGUACUCAAUGGCCGACUUUCCUUGAAGCUCUAGCAUCUCGGUCAGACGAAACUCCACACCUUAGGCUCACGACGCUAGUCGUAGCGAGAUCGGAUAAGAAGAUGAUGAGAGAAAUUAGCAGAAGAAUGGAGAAAUUCGCGAGGCUUAUGGGGGUUCCCUUCAAAUUCAAAGCAAUAUAUUACUCCGGCGAUAUUUCACAGCUAAAUUUCACGGAGUUAGGGGUUAAUGACGACGAAGCCCUUGCCAUUAACUGCGUCGGCGCCUUCCGCUCCGUCACGCCCGUCGACAACCGCCGCGAUUUUCUGAUUUCGCUGUUCGGAGCUUUGCGGCCGAGGAUAAUCACUGUGGUGGAGGAGCAGGCAGAUCUCGAUAGCGACGGCGUUGACUUUGUCAAAGACGUUCAAGAAUGUUUACGGUGGUUUAGGGUUUACUUUGAUUCCUUGGACGGAAGUUUCCCUUCCACAAGUGAUGAAAAGUUGAUGCUCGAACGCGCCGCUGGACGCGCUAUCGUGGACUUGCUUGCACGCGCGCCAGCGGAGUGUGUUGAGAGGCGCGAGACGGCUGCGCGUUGGGCUCGUCGUUUGCAUGAGGGUGGUUUUAAACCGGUGUCGUUUAGUGAGGAUGUAAACGACGACGUACGUGCGCUUUUAAGGAAGUAUAAGGAUGGGUGGACGGUGUUGGAUGACGGCGAGGGCGCCGAUGCCGGAAUUUUCUUGGCUUGGAAGGGGCAGGCGGUGGUUUGGGCCGCCGCAUGGACGCCUGAACCACUGGACGGAGAGAAGAGUCGCCAGAGUAGUUGUUCACAUUGAAAAAGAUAUCUCUCUAUUUGGUUUUUCUUCUCCGUUUUGUGAUUUUGGCCCCCCCUUUUUUUUUCCAUUUGUGAUUUGAGAUUUACUUUGUAAUAUUAAAAUCUUUUAGUAAUGUUAUUA